AUGACUGAUCUGGAAGGACAGCUGUAUGCGGCGACAGUGGCCGACUUCUCUGGCGGCGAGCCACUGAUUCACAGGGAGAAGAUACGUACAGAGCGCUCGGAUCUCAACCAGCUAAACGGACCGAAUUUCGUCAGCUCGUUCGCCUACGAGGAUUACGUUUUCUUCUUUUACCGAGAAACGGCCGUGGAGUACAUGAACUGCGGCAAGGCGGUGUACUCGCGGGUCGGUAGAGUGUGCCAGCACGACAAGGGCGGACCUCAUGCGUUCAGCGACAGAUGGACGAGCUUCCUGAAAGCAAGGCUCAACUGUUCUGUACCCGGCGAAUACCCUUUCUAUUUCAAUGAAAUACAGUCGACCAGCGACGUCACGGAAGGUGUUUACGCUGGGGAGCGCGCGCGGCUGGUUUACGGGGUGUUUACAACCCCCGUGAACUCGAUCGGCGGCUCCGCUGUUUGCGCAUUCUCCAUGAACAGCGUUCUCGAAGUCUUCCAAGGUGCGUUCAAGGAACAGGAGACCAUCAACAGCAAUUGGUUGCGAGUACUUCCGGAGAGGGUGCCCGAACCGAGACCUGGGGCAUGCGUCAACGAUUCCAGGACGCUUCCAGACGUAACCGUCAACUUCGUGAAAGCCCACCCCCUCAUGGACGACGCGGUUCAGUCCUUCUUCUCGUUACCUGUGAUAACCAAAGUCAGCUUCAAUUACAGAUUUACCAAAGUCGCUGUAGAUGCUCAGGUAAAGGCACUGAAUGGCAAGGCCUACGACAUCCUCUACAUAGGGACAGACGACGGUCGUAUUCUCAAAGCACUCAACACCAGGGCGCCGGAAUCUCUGAGCAACGUUGGCCAGGUUAUCGUCAGCGACGUUCAAGUAUUGAAAUACGGCCAAGCAAUCAAGGAUCUUGUAGUAGUCCAUUUGGCCGGCGAGGCGAGCAAAUUGGUCGUAUUCGCAGACUCCGAAAUUCGUGCCAUUCCCCUUUACCACUGCGAUGCGCCAGCAGCAACCACCUGCAAAUCCUGCGUGGCUCUUCAGGAUCCUCAUUGUGCCUGGGACGCCACCAAGAACCUCUGCGUGGCCGUGUCGACGAAGCUCCACGAUAGCGACGCAGACAAAACCUUGUUUCAGAACGUCACGAACGGGAGCCACAAGGGCUGCGGCUACGAGCCAGAGACGGCGAAGCCCGUGCAACCAGCGGUACCGCCCGAAAUCGGGCGAGGCGAGCAGCCCGAUGAACGGGACAAUGAAAUCGUCAUCGAGCUGGAUCGAGAAAAUCAGUACGGUCGUACGCAGCCACGAGCUAACGAGCCUCAAGACGUGAUCGCGACACCGGUGGUAUACUCCGCCCAGACCCUGACGGGCGCGCUGAUAGGAACGUGCUUCUUCUCCCUGGUCGCUGGCUUCGCAUCGGGCUUCUGGUUCUCGCAGAGGUUGCGCGGUGCCCCUUAUCCGGAGCCACCCGAGCAACGCCAGCAGCUGAACCGACUGACCGAGAGCUCCGAGUCGCCCGGCUUCAACAACAAGUCCAUCAACCUGGUGCUGAACGUUCCGCCGAAGAACCCGAACGGCAAAAACGCGAACUCUUCCGCGGAGAACAAGCCGGUGCAAAAGGUGAAGAAGACGUACAUAUGAUACAGAAGACGAC